AUGAGUAACCCAAAGUUAUGCAAGGGUAUGAAGUUCCCAAAUAGGAAGGUGUUUAGGGCUGCCUUGAGGGAAUAUAUAGUGAAAAAGCCUGUGGACAUCAAGUUCAAGCUUAAUGAGAAGACCAAAGUUUCUGUCCACUGCAAGUAUGAAUGUAGUUGGAGGAUAUAUGCAUCACAGAUUGCAGGGGAGUUAACCUUCCAGAUAAAGACCAUGGUUCCAACUUGUAUAUGUGGAAGGACAUUCAAGCAUAGCCAAGUCACUUCUACAUAUGUGGCUAGGAAAUACUUGGAUGAUUUCAACAAAAACCCUGAUUGGGCAGUUUCUGGUGUGAAGCAUCAAGUUAUGCAGGAUGUGUAUGUGGACUUGAGCAUAAAUCAAGUGUACAGAGCUAAGAGGAAAGCUAGAGAGUUCAUACUAGGUGAUGAGAGGUUGCAGUAUGGGAAGCUUAGGGACUAUGCAGUGAUGAUAAAAGUAACUGAUGUGGGGAGUAAGGUGAUUCUGCAAACUGAGAUUACUGAGCCUAACACACAACCUAAGUUCAAGAGGAUGUAUGUGAGAUACAAUGCACAGAAAGUUGGAUUCUUGGGGGGGUGCAGGCCACUUGUAGGAUUAAAUGGUUGCCACUUGAAGGGUAAGUUUGGUGGACAUAUAUUAUCAGCAACUGCAAGGGAUGUGAAUGACAAUAUUUUCCCUGUUGCAUUAGGUGUAGUUGAGCAAGAAAAUAAUGAUUCUUGGGUGUGGUUUUUACAAACAUUUGCAGAUGAUAUUAGGAGGCCAAAUGAGCUGAAUCUGGUGUUCAUUUCAGAUAGGCAGAAGGGAUUGAUACUUACCAUGGAGCUGUUGUUCCCAACAGUUGAACAUAGAUUUUGUGUGAAACAUAUUUACAACAACUUUAAGUUAAAUUUCAAGGGUUUAGAAUUGAAGGCUGCAUUAUGGAGGUGUGCUGUAGCAACAACAGUUAGGGAGUUUGAGAAGAGAAUGCAAGAUAUGAAGAAAUUGGACAAUGAAGCAUGA